AGUGGGAGGACAUGGAAAGGGUAGGAGGGACGGCGAAAAGGUAAAGGUUAGAAGAGGUUAUGAACUCUAACCCGCGGACGAAGCCUGGUAGCCCCAGUCCGCUGGUCCCGAUCGCGCGUUGGCACGGAUCAGUCGUCGUCGUCGUCGUCGCCGCUGCUGAGUCGCGAAGAGAGAAAUGGACAGGGACCACAGGGAGCAACGCGAUCACGAUAAUUUGAGCGAGAAGGAGCCGGACUGCAAAGUUGGAAUGGCUUUCCGCAGUCUCUCCCACCAUCAUCGCGAUCGCACGCCGGAUGCCGAUGCGGAGAGAGACAUGGACAUCGAUCCGGCUGAUCACGCCGAGAAUUUACACGACGACAAGUCCGAGAAGUUAGGGAGAAAUUUUCAUAGUAUAGGACAUCAUCCAGCUAUGAGAGAUGUAGAUAGGGAUCAAAAUAAUCACGUUGACAAUGUGCCGUGGCGUCAUGAUGACAAGAUGGACCACAAAUUGGGACGAGACUUUCGCAAUCCUGCAAUGGUCCACUUGCAUUCUGGCAUGGAGCAUUUGUCUAAUGUCGACGUUGAGGUGAAAUUAGCGAGGGACGUUCGCGGCUCGUUAGGAUUAGGGCUGUCCUUAGAACUCUGCGUGGUUUGUGGGGAUAGAGCUAGUGGUAGGCACUACGGGGCGAUCAGCUGCGAGGGCUGCAAGGGAUUUUUUAAACGCAGCAUCCGCAAGCAGCUGGGCUACCAGUGUAGGGGAAGCAAAAGUUGCGAAGUUACCAAACACCACAGAAAUCGUUGUCAGUAUUGUAGGCUUCAGAAGUGCUUGGCGAUGGGCAUGAGAAGCGACUCUGUACAACACGAGAGAAAACCGGUGUUGGGCGAGUCGGCCGCGACAAAAGUCGGCAGCCGUAGCCCCAGGGUGAAACCCGAACCGCAACAGCCCGCACCCGAGGCGCUGCCGACUUGGGAGCAGCCCGAGAGUCCCAGCAUGGAAGACCAAAGCAGCGACAGCGACGCUCUCAGCGACGCUUUGACCUUAGCUCGCGAGCGCUUGCUCCUUUCUCACGCGUUAGCGGAUAGCAUGGCUAAAAUCAUUGGUGACAAUGUCAAUGGCUCGAGCGAGCCGGAGGAGGAGUGGACCGGCCAAUUAAUCUCUGAGCGUAAUACCCUGUUCGAAGUGAGGGCGCCUAGCCCAGCGCCCGUCUACUUGUCUAUUCACUACAUAUGCGAAAGCGCAGCUAGGUUACUAUUUCUGUCCGUGCAUUGGGCGCGAGGUAUUCCAGCGUUUCAAGCUUUGCCAUCCGAUGUUCAAAUUACUUUGGUUCGAAGUUCCUGGGGACAAUUGUUUACAUUAGGUCUGGCACAGUGUGCGUACACCUUGUCGCUUCCUAGUAUUUUGACGUCGAUAAUCAAUCACUUGCAAGCUAGUAUCGCACAGGAGAAAGUCACCGCCGGCAAAGUGAAGUGCGUCACCGAGCUUAUCUGGCGACUGCAGGACUGCGUGAAUUCGCUGCACAAGCUGCAAGUGGACUCCGUCGAGUACGCGUAUCUCAAAGCUUUAACGCUCUUCAGCGCCGAUAAUGUCCUAGCGGGCAUCUGGCACAAGAAGGUCGAGGUUCUGCAGGAAGCGGCGUGGACGGAGCUGCAGCAACGCGUGGGCUCCGACAGAUUGCCUCGUCUCCUGCUGAGGCUGGCGCCCCUCCGCUCGAUCAAUCCCCGAGUACUCGAGGACCUCUUCUUCUCGGGUCUAAUCGGCCGAGUAAACGUGGCUAGCGUCGUGCCUUACAUCCUCACCAUGAAAGAUUACAAUCCCGAAACCGAGAGUCACGCGGGGUGACGACGAAUAUUGUCGGUGCAAUAUAAUUUGUGACCUAAAAAGAGUGAUAUACGUUACACGUUAAAUAUUGAAUGCCUCUCUCGAAGGUUUUCGCGCAACGAAAACGCUCGUCCGAAACGCGAGCGGUCGAGAUAACUUUUAUUUUCGUAUUCUCUUUUUUCCCCAUUUCGCGUAUUUCUGCACAAGAGCAUAAUGAAAGCAAUUAUGAAACGCGCAUAAAUUUCAAUUACAAGUGUAUGUAUUACUGUAAUGAUAAUAACUGUACAUAUAUAUCUAUGUCUAGAUAUAUGUACAUAUUUUUAUGUUUAGAUCAUAGAUAUGUAUUGUAUAUCUACAGUGCACAGUAUCUGGUUGUUUGUAAUAUUGAUUUUGUGCCCAAUAAGUUUUUAUUUAUUAUAUAGUAAAUGAACAUUAUGCAAAACUUUCCAAAAACAUGGCAGCACUUCGUUGAGUUAUAUUUUCAAGUAAGAGCUUAAAUAACGUUGAAAUGAAUGAUCUGUGAAGUGAUAAUCAGGAAAUAUUGAUACUACACACACACACACACACACACACACAUACACACAAAAUUGCAUAUAUUGCAUUUUUAGUAUUCAUGUGACAAAACAAAAUAUCUAAAAAAAAAUAUGGGCUUCUGUGAUAUAGUUUCACAGGAAAGUUUUGUAUCGGCACAUUACUUACACAGAACGUAGAAAGUAAUAUGAUAUAUUUAUAAUGUAUUAUUAUUAACAGUUAAAUAGUCUGUAAAAACUAUUCUACAUGUAUACAGACAAGAUUUUUAUUUUAAAAAAAGCCUCUGAAUAUAUGACGGGAGUUAAAAUUAAAGAAAAUUUCAUUGUUACUUGUUUAUAGAGAUGUUGAUAUAAGAUUAUUCAGAUUUCCUAUAAUGUAAAAAAAAAAAAGAAAUUACGACCUUUAUUUUUGCUUCCAAUAUACCGAUCAAAGUUUUUGAUUGCACAGAUUACCUGUCACUUGUUGUUGAGUGGACAAUAAAAUCAUAUUUUUUGUAA